GAUCGAGAUGGGUGAAAGAUCCAAGGGGAAAUUAUCUCAUGCAUCAUCUUAUGGAUCAUCGGGUCCAGACAGAUUUCAUCCUCAGGAAGCAUAUUGGAAAAAUCAUAGGGGAAAUAAUCCAUCAAUAUCCAAUUGUCAAAGAGACAGAAGACAAGCGGGUGGAACGGAAAAUCAAACUUUUUUCAUACCUGAUAAUAGAAAGUUAAAAUCAAAUUCACAACAUCCUAAUUAUCAAUCGGUACAAAAUUCCGAUCCACUAUUUAGACAGUAUCAAAAUUACAAGUCCUAUAGAAAUAAAAAUGGCCUUAUUAAUAAUGCGGGAAUUUCCCGUAAAGGAAAGGACUUUAAGGAGGAUGCUGAAAAUGAUGCUGAUGAUGACGAUGAAGAUGACGAUGAAUUGGGAGAUGAUGAUAAUGAUUAUUACGAAAAUGAAACAAACGCUAAAGAAGAUGAGGAAGACAAUCAAGUUGAAUCAUCUGUUUCUUGUGAAACAAUUGAAAAAAAUAACGAAGAUCCCAGCGAUGAUGUAGAGGAAAAUUAUAUUUCGUCAAAUUAUCGAAAUAAAUUUGAAAAAUUUCCUUCAUCAAUGAUGGAGAAAUUGAAAAUGUUGGAUUUUGCUCACGCAUUGAAAAUGAAUCAACAAAGAAGGAUGCAAAAAAAAUAUCCAAAUACAACUCAACGAGACUGUCAGGAUAUGCAAAAUCAAGAUUGCACAGAUGAAGUAACUGAGGACGAUGAUGAAAUUCCACAGCGUCAAUUUCGAAAAUCUCAAAAGCAAUCAAUUAAUAAUAGUAAUAAUUAUCGUCAGCCAAAUAAUUCAUGGUUAUCUCGUGAUCAUGAUAAUUAUCAUUUAAUUAGAUCUCAGCAAAUGUAUAAUUAUCCAAAAAAAUAUGACAUCAAGCAAACAACAUUAGAUCCAAAUUUAAUGGAAUAUUACAGUAAAAAAAGACCAUGUCGCUAUUGUGGUGGUACUGGAAGUGAUUUAAUUGAGCCGGCAAUUACGAGAAAAAUUAAUUGCAGAGUUCAUGAUUCGGCAAAAGUCAACUUUAACACUAAGGAGAAAUUCGAUGGUGAAUCAGGAGAUCCAGGAGAACGUUACAUUAGCGGAAGAAGGAAUUCCCCAAAAAUAAAUUUACUGAAUAUAUCCCCAACAAAUUUCACUUCCCAGAAAUCUCGAAGGUCCAGGAACACAAGAUCACCAGAGCGAACAUAAAAAAAAAUCUGUCCUAUCACGAUCUAAAAAUAUUGUUUUCCUUAAAAAAAAAAAAAAAUUGUACAUAUAUCAGAAAAAAGUUACCGAGACUCUCAUCACUUUAAAUGCCUUAACUUUUGAUUAUUGAAAAGUGUUUCAAAAAACAAGAAAAAAAUUAACAACAAAUGUUUAAAAUAAGAAAAUCUUGUCGAGAAUUAUUUUUUAUCUCAUAUAUCACUCUUCUCAUUAUUCUCAUUUGUUAAUUAUUAUUAUUAUCAAAUUAAAUUCGAUGUAUAUUUGUACAUGUCGCACUUUUUCUGAAAAAAAAAGAAUUUACGAAGCAGAUUAAACUUGUAAUAUUGAUGUCUUUAGAUUCGUAAUAUAUUAAUAUUUAUAUAUAUAUAGUAUAAAUGGAAAAUGUAUAUUAUUAUAAUUUUGUGAUCCUGGAAAAAAUGUUUCUGGUUCGUGAUGCGCGAAAACAAAUUAUUUGUAAAUAUGUGAUACUAAUGUUAAAACACAUUAUAUACAUGUCGGCGAGAAAUAAAAUCU